AUGAAGAUCAAAACUGAGAGUAUAGGAAAGGCACUCGGGAAGAACAGGCAGAAAAUACUAAAGGAGAAGAAGACGGAGGAGCAGGAAGAGUUUAUGUCGUCCAUCAAUAUAAUAUGCCAAAUGGUACUUGUUGUUCUCUAUUAUGCAGAUAAUUCCGUAUUGCUUCUUUUGCUUCGAUCAUUUGUCCAAUUCAUGAUUAGCCGGCCGCCGAACACACUUGAGAGUAUACGAGGGGCAUCCUCUGAUUGGUCGAAUAUGUCCACUCCAAAUAAAAAGCUUCUUUCGCAGAAACUUUUGAGUUUAAUCAUGUUCUCCACGCUUGUGGUGUUUAUGUUGCAUAUACUUGUGUACUGUUGGCAAGACCUAUGCAGGGGUGAGCCAAGCGACGUUCUGGAUGAUGAUUAUAGAUAUCAGCAUGGAUAUAUACUUUUGGCGUUUGUUGGUGAGAGGAGAUUCACCUCUGCAUUUGCCAAAGCACUAUAUCUUAUCUCAUUAGAUUUUUUGGUAUUUGCUGUUCAAUGCAUCAUGUUCUGCAUCAACUACAACAUUAAUAUGGGUCUUUCCAAGGGGAUUGAAGUUGCCGAUCAUGAAGAGGAGGCUGGAAAUGAGGAUCGAUCGCCUGAGUAUGAUGGCUUGCAAGGAAACAUUCUUAUAUAUAGCUUUAGCCCGAUUUCUAUACUGUCGAAGGUGAUCAAAUACACAAAAGAAGAAACUGCAGAGGAGGAGUCAGCAGAAAAUGCUGAUAACAAUGCUGAAGAUGCAGAAAAUAAUCAUUUUGGCACCGGCUUUGGAUCCAUGUUCUCAAGUAAUGUCAAUAACCCAUUUGAGAACUUCGGUAGACUCCAUGCUGGAGAUAUGGUUUGA